GCCAGCCGUCGGUAAGCAACCUCACUACAUAUGCGUCAUCUGCUAACUUAGCUCGCUGAGUGCAUUGACACAUACAUCGUAGUCCGAUACAAACAUCACAGCACACUGGGUACAUUGGUAGAGCUGCCAGGAAGCGGCUGUUAGGCAGGCUGGUGAUCGAGGUCGAGGUGCUGUUACCUACACCGCAGUACGUAGUACUUACUGGUAGGGAAGAAGGAUGAACGGCGGCGUCGGCGUGGCGCCUCAGCCGAGCACCGACUGGGGCCCCAUCAUCGUGGCGGUGAUCCUGUUCGUGCUGCUGUCGCCGGGGCUGCUGUUCCAAUUGCCCGCGAGGACACGGGUGGUGGAGUUCGGCAACAUGGGCACCAGCGCCAUCGCCAUCCUCGUCCACGCCAUCAUCUUCUUCUGCCUCCUCACCGUCUUCGUAGUCGCCAUCGGCGUCCACGUCUACGCUGCCUAGCCUUCUUUCGGACGGUGUGAUUCUGUAGUUUUUUUUUUUUGUUGAAGGAAACCGCACAAGAUAUUGUCUGUUUUUAUUGGUAUAGUAGGGGGAAAAUACAAGAAGAUAGUCUUAGAAGGCUAUAAUCAGGACGGGAAAAAAAUGUGAUGCUGUAAUCACUACGUAGUUUGCUCGUUUAAUCGGUCCAAUUUGUAUUAGGAUUUAGGAGUACUCAUUUGAGCAGAAACGGCAGAGUUGUUGAAUGCCGAGGAGUUGCUCAUCUGCUCUCUGUGUUUUAAGCUGUUGAACAGAACUUUGGCUUCUGUUUUGGCAAUUCAAUGUUGCUGACG